CCGCCUUCUGAGGGGAGGAUGAGGGGGCUUCUGUGGUCUCUGGUGCUGAGCUGCAAUCUCUGGUGGUCUCUGGUGCUGAGUUCGGCUCAGCUGUCCGGGCGACGUUAUGAUGAGCGGGCUUGUCCCGACCACUGCGACCGCGCGCGAUGCCCGGACCUGCCAGCCGAGUGCCGGGGAGGCGUAGAAGCCUUGGACUCGUGUGGCUGCUGCCCGGUCUGCGCCGCUCAGGAGGGCGAGUCCUGCGGCGGCUCCCCGUCCGGAGAGCCGCCGUGCGCCGAGGGGCUGCUGUGCGUGGUGUCGCCCGGCGUGCCGGCCUCGGCCACCGUGCGCAAGCGGGCCAGAGGCGGCCGCUGCGUGUGCGCCAGCGACGAGCCCGUGUGCGGCAACGAUGGCAAGAGCUACGGCAACGUGUGUCAGCUGCGGGCUGCCAGCCGGCGCUCGGAGAGCCAGCGCCAGCCGCCCAUCAUCGCCAUCCAGCGGGGCGCCUGCGGGCAGGGCCAGGAAGAUCCAAAUAGCUUGCGGCACAAAUACAACUUUAUUGCAGACGUAGUAGAGAAGAUAGCGCCGGCUGUGGUUCACAUUGAAUUAUUUCGCAAAUUGCCGUUUUCAAAGAGGGAAGUUUCUGUUGCCAGUGGCUCAGGUUUCAUUGUUUCUGAAGAUGGAUUAAUAGUUACAAAUGCCCAUGUGGUCACCAAUAAGCACAGAGUGAAAGUGGAACUGAAGAAUGGUGUCACAUAUGAAGCUAAAAUUAAAGAUAUUGAUGAGAAAGCAGAUAUAGCACUAAUAAAAAUAGACACUCAGGGGAAGCUGCCUGUUCUACUCCUUGGACGUUCUUCGGAGUUACGUCCUGGGGAAUUUGUGGUUGCAAUUGGAAGUCCAUUUUCUCUUCAAAACACUGUGACAACUGGAAUUGUUAGCACCACCCAACGAGGAGGCAAAGAACUGGGACUUAGAAAUUCUGAUAUGGACUACAUCCAAACAGAUGCCAUUAUCAAUUAUGGAAACUCCGGUGGACCUUUAGUGAACCUGGAUGGUGAAGUAAUUGGUAUUAAUACUCUGAAAGUCACUGCUGGAAUCUCCUUUGCAAUACCAUCAGACAAAAUUAAAAAAUUUCUUACUGAGUCACAUGACCGACAAUCUAAAGGAAAAGCUGUAACUAAAAAGAAGUACAUUGGCAUUCGAAUGAUGUCUUUAACUCCUAGCAAAGCUAAAGAACUGAAAGAGCGCCAUAGUGACUUCCCUGAUGUUAUUUCUGGAGCCUACAUUAUUGAAGUUAUUCCAGACACACCAGCUGAAACUGGAGGCCUUAAAGAAAAUGAUGUGAUUAUAAGCAUCAAUGGAAAACCAAUUCUCUCAGCUAAUGAUGUCAGUGACAUUAUUAAAAAGGACAAUUUACUCAACAUGGUAGUACGUAGAGGCAAUGAAGACAUUAUGAUAACUGUGAUACCUGAUGAAAUUGACCCUUAAGUAGAAACAUGAGCUGGAUUUCAUGUCUUCUCUUAAGACCAAACAGUGGACUAUUUUUACCAUCUGUGCUGGUACAGGAAAAAGUAGACUUUUGACCAAUUAUCCAUGCGUUAAGUGGUGGUGUAUUGGCCAACAAAGUAAAUUGUAUAGGUUUCAGGAACAAAACCAAUGCAGUGUUUCAGGUAAUAUUUCUGGUAUAUUUUAUCUAUACAAUGUAUUCUCUACUGGCUGCUCCCACUGUUACUACCACUGCAGUAGUAAACCCUUGAUUCCCCUCUGUGUGCAAAUUUAUCAUUACUUUGAACCAAGACCUCCUGAUAGAACACUGCCGCUAAAUUGUACUCUGCAGUAUUCAGAUUGUCUAUAGCAUAGUUUUUCUGGAAAUAACAAUAUUAAAAAGAAAGUACUGUGUUUGGCAAUAAACACUGACUUGUACCCAACACAAAACUCAAAUGAUUUUUCCUUACAAAAUCAAUGCCAAUUUUUAAUACUGUAUUUUCCUAGUGUAAUUAAAAUAAUUCCAACACUG